CUCCUUCACUCCGCCGGAGCCGGCCGCAGCAGCGGGUCCGGGGCGCAGGGCCCCGGGGGAUACCGCACGGCCAGUCUCCUGUCGCUCCCGCCGCCCACGGGGCCCUGCCCGGAGCGUCCCUGCUGGGAACUCGAGAUGAGCAACAACAGCAAUAAGAGAGCUCCAACAACAGCAACCCAGAGACUGAAACAGGACUACCUUCGAAUUAAGAAAGAUCCAGUGCCUUACAUCUGUGCUGAGCCCCUCCCUUCAAAUAUUCUUGAAUGGCACUAUGUUGUCCGAGGCCCUGAAAUGACCCCUUAUGAAGGUGGCUAUUAUCAUGGAAAAUUAAUUUUUCCCAGAGAAUUUCCUUUUAAACCUCCUAGUAUUUAUAUGAUAACUCCCAAUGGAAGAUUUAAGUGCAAUACAAGGUUGUGUCUUUCUAUCACGGACUUCCACCCAGACACGUGGAACCCAGCCUGGUCUGUCUCCACCAUCCUUACUGGGCUUCUAAGCUUCAUGGUGGAGAAAGGCCCCACCCUGGGUAGCAUAGAAACAUCGGACUUUACGAAAAGACAACUGGCAGUGCAAAGUUUAUCAUUUAAUUUAAAAGAUAAAAUUUUUUGUGAAUUAUUUCCUGAAGUUGUAGAGGAAAUUAAACAAAAACAGAAAGCACAAGAUGAGCUUAGCAGCAGACCUCAGACUCUCCCCUUGCCGGAUGUGGUCCCUGAUGGAGAAAUACACCACGGCCAGAAUGGGGUCCAGCUUCUCAAUGGGCAUGCACCAGGUGCUGGCCCACACCUUGCAGGGCUCCAGCAGGCCAACCGGCACCAUGGACUCCUGGGCGGAGCCCUGGCGAACUUGUUUGUUAUAGUUGGGUUUGCGGCCUUUGCCUACACGGUCAAAUAUGUGCUGAGGAGCAUUGCACAGGAAUGAGAGGCACCCACGAGACAAGACCCAUAGGCGCUGCUGAGGGACUCGGGCACCAGAGUUGGACACAGGCGGGCUGGACACAUUACAAGCACAGGGUGGGCCCGCCGGACUCUUGGGUUUAGCUUUUUAAAAACCUUAAAAGGAAAGCAAAAACCAAAAUGUGAUAAGGAUUUGGAGACUUGCCUCUCAGCUCCAUCUUCCCACCCUGAUGUGUCAGGGGCUGGCAUCGAUGACAAGGGCCGCUCAUGCUUUGGUUUUAUAGCUUAUCUCCUGUAUUGUCUUUUGGACCUGUUUUAGUAAACUCGUUUUUCAUUUUAUUAGAUUUGGUCACUUAAAAAUAGAAAAUUCAAUGCCUAUCAAAUACUCUGCGAGUACUCUUAAAAGAGCUCCCUGAUAUGCAGGCAAGAGCUGGCGAGCAUUGGUCUAGCUGUGUUGUGAUGAGGCUUAGCAGGGUCGCUGGCCAGUUACAAACAUGGAUGGGGAUCCAUGAGAGAUGGAAUUUGGUCUCAGCAUUUUUAAAUGUGUUAAUGGUCAGAACAAAAUAAAUUCCUUGUAGAAAGUA